AUGGGAAACAAGCUUUCGUCUCUCAUGCCAUGGCGACCCAAAAGUCAAUCUCAUUCAAUCACCUUCAUCUACGGUGGACAAAUCAAUCCAGAAACGUUCCUGAGUACUCUCCAAGCUCAUAAAGACUAUCUCAAAGCUGGUUCACCCAGAACAUACACAAGGGAAGAGAAUGGCUCGACUAUCAUAACGUUCCAACAAUCCAAACCUUUCAGAACGACCAACGAGGAUAAGUUGGAGAGAACAGUGAUGGAGAUGUUAGGUUUAAGUGGGAAUAAUGGGACUCUAACCAAACUAGCUAUCUCGACCAAAACAACAUAA